CUGGAGUUUAGGGUAGGUACUGCACAAAGCGGUUGCCUGGGGAACGUGUGCUCAGUGGUUUGGUGAGAUGCCUGGUUUACAAGAUGAUUAAGGUGUCAUUCCUCAGUCCAUGAUGGAAGCUGUUGAGUGGUUCUGUAACUUACAAGAGCAGUCAUACGAGCAGUUCCUGUCCACCUUCAUGCACCUGAGUACAGAGAAUGUGACUGCUGGUCUUGAAGAAGAAAACAAAACCUGUCUUGCAGAGCUGGACAGAAGAGACAGUGUGAACAUGGACAGAAAGGUUGACACUGAGGAAGAGACUGAAGACUUGCAUAACAUGGAAGAUGUGUGUGUGGUUCCUGGAGAGGUUGAGGAAGAUUUGCUGGCCUACAGUUCUGCUGUCUGUCACUGCACACAGCUUGAGCUCUCCUCUACUGACGUGGACUAUAGGGCACACAAGCCACCAACCAAUACAGAGAGCCAGAGCGAAACUGAGGAGGUUGUGCCUUUCAGUCUGGAUGACACCUUCAAUUAUAACAAUGUUGUUCUGUCUCACAAGUAUCCUGUCAAAUUGAGCAACUGUGGAUCAUCAUGACUUGUAAGUGCCCACACUUGGAUAGAGUUUGGAUCAAAUGUAACAGCUCCGUAGCUGCCAAGUAAACAAUAAAAAAGUGAGAAUCGUUA